GGUCGUCUGUUCUGUUGAUGUUGUCUGACGGCAACUUGGGCUGGGUAGUGAGUUUAGUAAAUUGGUUGUAUUCAUCACAUCCUCCAGCAUGUCUGAGGAGAUGGAUGAUUUAAAAGAAGAAAAUGAAGACUAUUAUACAUUUCUCAACAUUCCAAGAAAAGCAACAGAUGACGAAAUCAAUAAUGCAUAUCGUCGCCUCAGCCGACUCUACCACCCUGAUAAACAUAUGGACCCUGACCGCAAGGUAGAGGCAGAACUACUCUUCAGUAAAACAAAACGGGCUUAUGAAGUACUGAGUGAUGCUCACAUGAGGGCUAUUUAUGACAACCUUGGGACAGCAGGACUGGAAACUCAAGGUUGGGAAAUUGUGCAGCGGACUAAAACCCCGCAUGAGAUCAGGGAAGAAUAUGAGCGUUUAGCACGUGACCGUGAAGAGCGUCGGCUGCAGCAGCGAACAAAUCCCAAAAGUUCUGUGACCAUGACAAUCAAUGCCACUGAUCUAUUCUCCGUUUACGAUGAUGACUCCCCUUUUGUAGAUCUGAGAGAUUUGUUUGGGUUGCCACACAUUGAAAUUAGUGGAAUGACCUUGAAUCAAGCAAUUGAGGCUCCUCUAACAAAUCGAGACACGGCUAUACUAUCUGGAAAUCUUUCAUCACACAAUGGUAAUGGGAGUGGUGGCAUCAACUGUUCAGUUCGAAGAAUAACAUCAGAUAAAGGAUGGGGAGAGGUGGAAAUUGGUGCUGGAAAUGGUCUUACCUUUGCAACUAAAGGCUUCAGAAACUUUUCUCGUGGUAUGUUUGGAAAUGCUUCAGUUCUUACGCAUUUCACUCCCAAUGGACUCCGAGUGGGCACAGUUACAACCUUGGCAAACCAGUUAGACAAACACACAGUAGGUUAUUUGACGUGGAAGGCAGGGAUGCAGAGUGGUGUAAAUACAAUGAUUAUUCGUGAUACUCCUACACAGCAUCUUGUGUUCUCUGCUUACAUCGGUAUACCACACACCUAUGCAGCCCUGUCAUAUACUCACAAAAUGCCAGAACACGACUCGAAAGUAAAGGUUACGGGCAAGGCUGGUACAUUUGGAGCCAUAUUGGAAUAUGGAGCAGAAAAGAAAGUCUCCCAGAACAGCUCUCUAGCUGCCUCAAUAGCACUUGGUGUGCCAACAGGAGUUCAACUUAAAGUUAAGUUACAUCGUGCAUCUCAAACUUAUGCAGCUACAAUAAUGCUCUGUGAGGAAAUUAUGCCAGCACCAGUAAUAUAUGGGACAUUAGUACCACUAUUGAGCUGGUUAGCCCUACAAAAGCUAAUCAUUCAACCAUAUCUACGACAACAGAAACAAGCAGAACUACUCAAACAGCGAGAAGCAAACAGAAGCAGAUUAUUAGAGAAACGUCGUGAAGCCAUGGCUGCUGUGGACCUUAUGAGAGAGACAGUAAGAAGAAUAGUUGAACAAGAGGAAGCGCGUAAAGGUCUCGUCAUUUUACAAGCAUGGUAUGGACAGCUUGUGGUAGAAGGAUUGGAAGAGGAGUGUGGGUCACCAGAGGUAGUUGAUGUUUCCAUUGCCCUACAGUGUUUGGUGAAAGACUCAAAGUUGAUAUUACAAGAGUCAUCCAAGUGUUCACUUCCUGGCUUUUAUGAUCCCUGUCCUGGAGAAGAGAAGAACCUGCGGGUACGUUAUCUAUUCCACGCCGUCACUCAUGAGGUGACAAUCAGGGAUAAUGAGUCACUCAGGAUACCUAAACAAUCACAUCGCUUGGAAACUUAACAAAGAGGACAGCCAGUGCUUGUACAUACCAAAAUUUUUGCCCUCUUCCAAAUUGUACAUACCGUAGAAACUGAUUCAGAGUAAUCAUCAAAGGAUGAUUGUAUAUUAGUUAAACUAAAUUAGGCAAUUGAUUUGAGUCAGCAUAAGAUUACUAUUCCAUACAAUACAUUGAAAUUGUUGUUUAUUUGUUUGUCUAUAUAAAUGUUUAAUAAUUUAAUUUACCAUGAAUACAUAGUCACUAUGUACAGUAUUUUGAUUGCUGUUAAUGCAAUUUUAGAAGCAAAACUUACACAUAGAUGUAAGCUCUACAUAACUAUGGGAUUAACUCUGAUUAUAUUAUUGAAUACCAUUUUCACAACUAGAUGUUAUGAAGUGAGAACUUUCUAAAAUUCCUCAAUCAAGUUAAUUAUAUAUUAGCUGUAUACAUGGCAGGAAUAAAGGUAUUGUAUGGAGGGAAUAAAACAAAAAGGAAUUAUUGUCAAAUGUCACUAAAUUGCAGAAACUCUGUAAGCAUUAUUAAUGUACCAUCUGUUGGAUUAUGGACUAGAAUAAAUUCAAUAAAUAA